CUGGCCUCCUCUGCUUCUUUUACUAAGUGGUUAGUUGCCUACCUGGUAGACAUAAACACCUUCUGACAAAGAAAUGUGAAAAGAGUUGGAAACCUGCUGUUUGGAGACUAUUCUCCUACUAGACAUCUAAGAGAUCUCCAGAGAUCUAUUUCAGCCUCACAUCUAUGUCAACCGUGAGCUAUGAACUUGUGACUGUCUGGUUCCACUCACCAAAAGACCAUGAUUAGAAUCAUUGACAACAGCUCAGCUCAGAUAUAAACAGCAGCCCUCUGAGCACUUCGCCCACCUUGCUUCAUUAGGAAAACUCUUUCUAAGGCAUGGACCUCUCAGACUUCACCAUGAAAAGGAGGAAGCCCAGACUGAAAUGAGUUAAAACCUUCGUCUUUGAGAGAGGAUUGUGGCUUGGCCCUGAGUUAAGCACCAUGAAGAAGAACAAUAGGAACUCUACCACAAGGAUCAAUAAGCAAGAUGCCAUCUCCGUCCCACCCUUCCAAGAUGCAGGAGAUCUUCAAAAUAUGUUGGAUGGAGGAGAGUAUGCCCCUUUUGUAUCUCCUCCCAUAUUAGAGAGCAAUUUUAUCCAGGUUAAUAGGAGAGGUGAAUCCGUUUACCUUCACAACCGAGCCAACUGGGUGACUGUAGGCAUCUGCUCUUCCAGUAUCACCCACAAGACACCCAAUGUAAUGCUUCUGGCACAUCUGACACCUGAAGCCCAGAAAGAUACAGAACCCCUAUUUCAAAGGCUCCUGACAUCUCCUUCUCCAGAGAACCUGGUGCUCACCAGGUUUCUCCCUCUACAGUUUGUGACUCUUUCUGUGCACGAUGCUGAGAAUAUGCGCCUCAAAGUAAAGCUGGUCAGUGGUCGAGCCUACUACCUGCAGCUCUGUGCCCCUGCAUGUAAACAGGACAACCUAUUUUGUCAAUGGGUGGAACUCAUCUCCCUCUUGAAUCAGGAGAAAGCCAAAGUUUCCAAACUGUCAGAAGUCUCAAGCCUCUCGGAAAUCACCAAUAGCACAGAUAUCACAGGUUCAGUGGACAUCAUGGAUAUUGCAGCAUUUGCAGCCAUACAGAACCCGCACAUGUACACAUGUUCAGACCCUGUAAAUGCCAUAGAAAGCAUUGAUUUCUCAGAAUUCACAGAUGUCACCGAUGUCACAGACGUCACAGAUGUUCCAGAAAAUGAGGUCACAGAGGCCCCAGAUAUAAAAAUUGUCACAGAAGUCACAGAAGUCACGGAUGUCUGUGAUGUCCCAAACAACUCGGAGGUUACAGUGGUAUUUGAAAACGAUGACAUACUAAGGGCCAAGCAAGAGGAAAAGGAAAAGAUGGAAAACAUUCUGAAGCCUGGGUGUCUACGAGAUACAAAAAUUAAGAAUGAAUGCAAAGAAUCCUCAAAACAUGUCACCAUCUCAAAUGUAACACUGACUUUCGAAGGUGAACGAUGUUUUCAUUCUACUUUGACUCCAGAAGAAAGUGACAUAAAUUCAUCCAAAAGGAUGAGCAUUAUUAGAACAUCUGAAAUAAGGACAACUGAUUUUAGCAACACAGCUCUCAAGGCUGAGGAAUCCAGGAGCAUGAGAACUGAUUCAGGCACUUCAGGCUUGCAUAGUAUUUUGAUUUUCCCUCUGCUUAGCAUUUCUUUCCCCCUUUUUACAGUCCUCUAAAUCACUUCUUUUUGCCCUUUCAUACCCUUACUCACACUUAACACUUUUUACCCCAAGAAGAGCAAGGAUUCGUAGAAUCUUAAUCCCUUGUUCCAUUGAAUUAGACUAAAUGUAGACUAAAAAUGAGUCUGUGAAUCUGAUUUCUAUUCUAGGCAGUAGCCAGAAUAGUAACUGCUCCCCACUGCAAUAAAACAAAACCCUGGUCCUAUUAACCUGGUCAGAUUCACAUUCACCCAACUCCAGGCAAUGCUACCUGAGGACCAUGGUCUCUUAUUCAUGUCUCAAACCACUCAGCGGUUUGACAAAAGGACACUUUUUCUCCUUUCUGAGUAAGGCUUUGGGUAAAGUGGACUCUGAAUGUACUGUUUUCAUGAAAAGGCUGCAGGAAGAGCCUAGGCUAACACUGUCUCUCAGGAUCUGGGUCCAUCUGUCCCUUUUCUUGACUUUUAAUUUCUUACCUAUCUAGGUUUUACUCACUUUAGCUCUGUUGAUCUCUUUACGGUGAGCCCAAACUUAGGCUUACCUUUGAUCCUAUAGUAUUUUCCCAAGAUGGAAAGCAAUCAGACAAAGGAUAGACAUCCAAGAAAUAGAGAAGGGAAAACUGCUACCAAACACCGGGAAUUUCCUCCCCAUUUAUAUCCAUCUUUCUUUUCCACUUUCCUCUUAACUAUUGCAAAUCAAAUUCUUUGCAAUCUUAAGUAGCCAUGUUCAUUCUGUUUAUGAAACCCAGUCUAAAAAAGAGAAAGGAUGGGAGGACCCUAACAAGGAAACUGUGAAAUUUAACAAUGGGCUCCAUUGGGAAAAAUAAAGACAUUUUUAAAUUUAAGACCAAAUUGAGUUCUCUCUCCUGUGCUUUUCUCUCUUGCUUUUGGCUUUUUUUCUUUCUUCUUCACUUCCCCUCUCUAAUGAUCUCUAUUUCACUUUCCUCACUAUUUUUCUUUUCGCCCUCUGGCUCCCUCCUCUCAUGUCAAAUCUUUUACCUCCCUCAAACUUGUGCCUCAUCUGUCUCCCCCUUUCUCAGGGGAAUGGAUGUGAGGAAAGGAAAGUAAAACAGAAAAAGAAAAGGCCAAUGGAAAAAAACAUGUAAGACAACCUAA